AUGAGGACAGAAAAAGUCACUGGGAUUCAGAACAUGGGUCUUUUCAGUGAACCUGGUAAAAUGUGUGCUGUAAAUAGUCCUAUUGAGUGUUCUGUAGUUGAAGAAUAUAAACAAUGUGAAAGGUCUUUCACUGAGAAGACAUACCCUAUCAUCCCUCAGAGAAAACAGACAGGAGAGAAACCUUAUGAAUGUAACAUGUGUGGAAAGAUUUUCACCUGUAAGGCAUACCUUACUGUGCACCUGAGAAUUCACACAGGAAACAAACCAUAUGAAUGUAAUGUGUGUGGAAAGUCUUUCACCCAGAAGUCACACCUUACUGUCCACCAGAAAAGACACACAGGUGAGAAACCUUUUCAAUGUAACAUGUGUGAAAUGUCUUUCACCUGGAAGUCAAACCUUACUACCCACCAGAGAACACACACAGGAAAGAAACCUUAUGAAUGUAACAUUUGUGGAAAGUCUUUCAACUGGAAGUCAGACCUCACUGUCCACCAGAGAACACACACAGGAGAGAAACCUUAUGAAUGCAACGUGUGUGGAAAGUCUUUUGUCAAGAAGGCAUACCUUACUGUCCACCAGAGAACACAUACUAGAGAGAAACCUUAUGAAUGUAACAUGUGUGGAAAGUCUUUCACCCAGAAAUCAAUGCUUACUGUCCACUGGAGAACACAUACAAAAUGGAAACCUUUUGAAUGUAACAUUUGUGGAAAGUCUUUCACCCGCAAGGCACAUCUUACUGUCCACCAGAGAACACACACAGGAGAGAAAAUUUAUGAAUGUAACUUGUGUGGAAAGUCUUUCACCCAGAAGUCAAAUCUCACUGUCCAUCAGAGAACACACACAGGAAAGAAACCUUAUGAAUGUAACAUGUGUGGAAAGUCUUUCACCCAGAACAUACAACUUUCUAAACACCCUGUUGUCCCUCAGAGAAAACACACAGGAGAGAAACCUUAUGAAUGUAACAUGUGUCAAAAGUCUUUCAACCAGAAAUCAAAGCUUACUGUCCACCAGAGAACACACACAAAAGAGAAACCUUUUGAAUGUAACAUUUGUGGAAAAUCUUUCAUAUGCAAGGCAUAUCUUACUAGACACCAGAGAACACACACAGGAGAGAAACCUUAUGAAUGUAACAAGUGUGGAAAGUCUUUCUCCUGCAAGGCAUAUCUUACUCUGCACCAGAGAACACACACAGGAGAGAAACCUUAUGAAUGUAAGAUGUGUGGAAAAUCUUUCACCAAGAAAUCAAAUCUUAAUCUCCAUCAGAGAACACAUACCAGAGAGAAAACUUAUGAAUGCAACUUGUGUCGAAAGUCUUUCACCCAUAAAAGAAACCUUACUGUGCACCAGAAAACACACACAUUAGAGAGACCUUAUGAAUGUAACAUGUGUGGAAAGUCCUUCUCUUGGAAGUCAAGCAUCAAUGUCCAUCAGAUAAUACACACAGGAAGGAAACCUUAUGAAUGUAACCUGUGUGGAAUGACUUUCACCUGGAAGUCAAACCUCACUGUCCACAGAAAAAACACAGGAAAGAAACCUUAUGAAUGUCAUGUUUGCGGAAAGAUUUUCAGCCAGAAGCUACAACUUACUAUCCACCAGAGAGCACACACAGGAGAGAAAUUUUAUGAAUGUGACCUAUGUAGAAAAUCUUUCAUGCAGAACAUACACCUUUGUGUCCAUCAGAAAAAAACCAACCAGAGAGAAAUAUUAUGUAUGUAG